GACAGCUAGCCAAGAAGCAGAGACUGGAGGGGGGAGUGAUUGAACCCGCGAAAGAGAGAACAGGAUGGCACUAUCCAGCUUCCAACCAUAUAGCCCCAGGCCAAGGAGAGGCACAGGUAGGAAGAGGUUAAGAAAUCCUGAGCUCCGGAGACGGAAGCUAUCUGUGUGCUGGUAAUGGUUCAGAUUGGAGAGUCCCCGAGGGAAUCCUUGACUGUCCCUGCGCUGGCUCGACCAGUUACCCCCAAAGUUGCUGUUAGCUGGACACAGGAAGCACCCUUCUCACAAAUGCUUCCCUUGGCCCCAGAUUUUUUUGCUGUGCCUGGCAUGAACUCUGGUCUGGGGAUUCUGAUGUCUGCUUCAGUCUAUAUGUGAUGAAGGAAAUUAUGUGGCCUUUCUGUUGCAAGUACUAUUUGACCAGGGAUGUCAGUGAUUUCUGACUUCCUGCAGCUACAGCUUGGAGAAGAAUCCCCAUCAAUAUGGAUAGCCAAGCUAUGGCUGGAGAUUCUAGGAAUUCCAUGAACCAAGACAUGGAGAUUGGAACUACCCCUAGAGACCCCAGGAAGAUUCCCAAACAGGCCCGUGAUUAUGUCCCCAUCACUACUGAUAGGACCCGUCUCCUGACUGAAACCAAGAAGCCCCGCCAGCGAUACAUGGAGAAGAGUGGCAAGUGUAAUGUGCAUCAUGGAAAUGUCCAGGAAACCUAUCGCUACCUGAGUGACCUCUUCACAACACUGGUGGAUUUGAAGUGGCGCUUCAACCUCCUGGUCUUCACCAUGGUCUACACCAUUACAUGGUUGUUCUUUGGCUUCAUUUGGUGGCUCAUUGCAUACAUUCGGGGAGAUCUGGACCACGUCGGAGACAAAAACUGGGUUCCUUGUGUUGAGAAUCUCAGUGGCUUUGUCUCUGCCUUUCUGUUCUCCAUUGAGACAGAGACCACCAUUGGAUAUGGCUUCCGGGUCAUCACAGAGAAGUGUCCAGAGGGAAUCAUCCUCCUAUUGGUCCAAGCCAUCCUGGGUUCCAUAGUCAAUGCCUUCAUGGUGGGCUGCAUGUUUGUCAAGAUCAGUCAACCCAAGAAGAGGGCAGAGACUCUCAUGUUUUCUAACAAUGCAGUCAUUUCUAUGAGGGAUGAUAAGCUUUGUCUCAUGUUCCGGGUGGGGGACCUCCGAAACUCUCACAUUGUAGAAGCCUCCAUACGAGCCAAGCUCAUCAAGUCCAGGCAGACCAAAGAAGGGGAGUUCAUUCCCCUAAAUCAAACAGACAUUAAUGUAGGCUUUGACACUGGGGAUGACCGCCUUUUCCUGGUGUCCCCUCUCAUCAUCUCCCAUGAAAUCAAUGAGAAGAGUCCUUUCUGGGAGAUGUCCAGGGCACAGCUGAAUCAGGAGGAGUUUGAGGUGGUGGUCAUCUUAGAAGGCAUGGUAGAGGCUACAGGGAUGACUUGCCAGGCCCGCAGCUCUUACAUGGACACUGAGGUUCUCUGGGGUCACCGCUUCACGCCAGUUCUCACCCUAGAGAAGGGCUUCUACGAGGUAGACUACAACACCUUCCAUGACACCUACGAGACCAACACCCCCACCUGCUGUGCCAAGGAACUGGCAGAGGCCCAGCGAGAAGGGCGGCUCCUUCAGUACCUCUCCAGCCCCACUCUGUUAGGGGGAUUGGGCCAAAAGGCAGAGGAAGGAGAGGAAGAAGCUGAGGGGGGUAGAGCCAGAGAGACUAGUAGUUCUGUGUGACUGCCAUGCCCCAGGAGAAUGGAACACCACCUUCCAAUGACUUUUCUCCAGCCAGAGACCCUUAUGACUCCAUAAGGCAAAUUAACUGAGAUGGGUUAUUUAGGUGGCUGGAAAUGUGAGCGGCUCAGAGAAGAUAGGUAUUCUAGACAGCCCUCCCCUUUCCCAACGAGAUGCCGUCCUGUGCACCAUGACACAUAGAGACGUUGCUAAGCUACCUGCUCUUACACCUGUAAGGGUUAUAGUUCUGUCCCUCCCAUCUUGUCCCAACUGAAUGAUGUCUAAGGGUCCAAGGUGAAAGUGGGACUUUCUGUCUUAUAAUUGUGAUGUCUUUGCUUUUUAUUGCUUAGCCCCUAAUUUCUCUUCCCACUGACCCUGGUGCUUUCCCUGAGCUAGAUUUCUAGGCUGCUCUCAGCAGCAUUGCUGAAGGGCUGGGAUGGAAGUGGGGGUGGAAGGGGCAAGAGGUACUUCUGCCCUCGGCUCUAUUAGGCCAUGAAGUAGAUUCUCAAAAGAGGCAUCCCCUCCCUUCAGAGAAGGAAGCACUCUUUAUUUGAGAGCUUUCGCCAGUUGGUAGGGCUGGCAUUGAAGAAAAUGCUGUUUGAGAUCUCUGUUAUUAGUGUGUUGAGUUAGAUUUGUUUUUAAAAUGUAGUCUAUUCACUCUCUUAGAAGUUCCUAGUAAAACCUGGACCUAUGUCUUAGUAAAACCAGACCAGGAAUGUCAGAUUAAAUUUGGUUUUUAUUAGCAAUUUAUAAAAGCAUAUUCUUUAUUAUUCUGUAUACCUCAAAUAUCUUCCAGAUCAAGGAACACCAAAUACUGGUUCUGUUCCAGAAAACUGUUGCCUAAGGAACUCAAAAUACAUCUAAUUUUCACCUUAUUUUUCUUUCAUAUACUAGAGUAAGCUUAAGUGAGAAUUGAAAUAAGUGAGGUUUACAGACUUAACGUUAAAGCUGGAAGGGCAGAGAUGAAGGGGGGGAAGUUGGGAGGGAAGCAAAGAGGAAUAAAACUAUAGAUUAUUUUUUAAACAAUCACCUGCAGAAAUUAGUUCCUAUGAUGUCCUGAUUUUCAGUUCAAUGGCCUUCCUAUUUUUAGGAACUAUCAUUAUAGGCAAGGGGAUAGUCAAAGGUAACCUUUUCACCAAAGCAAUUAAUAUAUCCAGGAUGAGCCAGGUGGCCAGGUUUGUUACUAACAGUGUUGAAAGAAUUCCAAGGCUUAAAGCAGUGAGCCUAUGAAUGGUCAAAUGGAAAUACUAGGUGCCCAUUUGAUGUCAAAAAACUAACUUUAAGCUUCAUGAUUAGGAGAAACUGUAUGAAGCCUGUUAAUUAUGAGUCCUACUAGCCUCUCCCAGUCUUUCAAAGUGAUAGCCUUAAUGAUAGGGGGAGGAGGAAGGGUCUGAGGCAAUGAAACACUAAGAAAGAAUAAGAGCAGGACUACCUUCCUUUUACAUUCUCUAUCUUCAUCCCCAAGGGAAAUGUCAGAAAAACUAGGGAUUCAUGGGGAGAUGGGAGGUGAGGAAAUAUAACAGGAAAAAAACUCAAAAAAUGUUACCUUUUGUAAGAGCUUAACUAUUUUUCAUCUGAAGGUAUAAGGAGAGUAUAGUUCAAUGUGUAUAAUGCAGAGAGUGUUUGGUAAACAAAAUUUGGAGGGUGAGAAGAAAAGUAUGACUUUUGUCUGCUAACUGGUUGAUGGAAUAAGGAGAAUUCUAAUUAGCUAACCAGACUUGGAAGAAAAUUCAUCCAAAGAUAUCAGGGCUUCAGAAUUCUCUCCAGCCUCCAAAACUGAUAUUGCCUCUACCCACAUGUGUCAGUUAUCACUGUUAGCCAUCUUUUCCUCCUGUUACCAUUCCUUUACCACUAAGCCAUAAGAAUGCAGAUAUCUUGCAAAGCCAGGAUUCCUUAUCAAAGAGGUUUCCAGGUGAGCAAUGAUGCUGCUUCCCUCUUACCAAAACUCCUCUUCUGGCCUUGGAAUAUGUACAUCUUUCUCUAUUCCCAGUUCUGAUACCUUUCUGGUCCUCUCAGCUCUACUUCUGGACUGUCAGUGAUCCAGAGCAAAGAGGAGAGCAGUAAAGUUCCCUACUAGACUCUAAGGCUUCUUAGGCUAUGAGCCAGAUCACAUGCCCUAUGUACGUGGUGAUAUAUUGCUAUGAUUUUUUUUUUAACUCUAUAAAAUACACUAGUAACAUGGAAACUGCCCUCAACAUUCCAAGAAAAACAAUAAUAACAAAUCAUACUCACAAAGUACUUUAAAGUUUACAAUACACUCUCCUCACCAAAACUCCAUGAAAUGAGGUAUUGGAUUAUCUGAUUUUUGUUACCUAUGUUCAUGGGUACAUUAUGAAAAUGACUUUAUAAGGACUUGGGAAAAGCCCUGGAAUCUUUUCCUGAAAGGUGGGACAUAAAAUAGAGGAGUCAUUCUAAAGAAAGAACAUGCUGAGGGCAACAUGGCCUUUGACAAGCCCUAUUCCAUCCUUUUCCUACCUUUCCACAAAAUAAAAAUUUUAGUACUACCACAUCUUAGAUAUAAAGUUUUGACCUCAUAACAUCAAAACUGAGAGAAUAUAUCUUUCUUCAUUCUGCAAUAGGUUGAUGGCUUUACAAAGACAAACCGUGGAUUUUUAAUAUUCUUAUGUUUCCAAGGUAUUAUGUGGGUUAUGACAUUCUGAAAGUUUCAUAAGCUAAUCCCUGACCUCAGCUUCUAUAUAUUGGAAAUUACCUUUGGUAGAGGCAUUUAUUACCUUUGGUAGAGAAUUUAGAUAUUUUUUUAAAAAUAGCUCUGAUAAAGUAGAGUACUCCUUAACUUCCCAGUGGUCUUAGUAUCCUUAUAUGUAAAAUGAGGGAUUGUUCCAGGUAGACUUUAAAAUAUCUUCAUUUAGGAAAAUUAGAGAAGCAAAAGAUUACUCAGUACUUAGACUGAACAGAUCCAAGUCGAAAAGUUCUUAAUCGUUUUGGCAAGUAUCAACAUUGAAUCAUGACCUGUAGUAUUUAUGAGUGAAUAUUUAUAUACAUUUUCCAUGUACCUCCAACAACCCUUUUCCCUGCACAAUAUCCCUAUAUCUCACAGUGUACUAGAAUUCUGUGUAAUGAGAUAUCAUAGAAACCUAAUUACAUGCAGAAAUUAUGUAAACAUACCCUUAAACAAUCACUUCCUGAGACAGCCUCAGCAUGGACAUAUGCCCAGAGAAUGGCAUAAAAACUAAUGGGUUGAGCAUUGUGUAAGGUCAAGAAUAAAAGGAGUCCAUGUCUUAUGAUUAGGAAGCUCCAAUUAAGUCGGUCGUUUUUACUGAGCCUCAGCUUUGAUCCACCUACAAUAUUCUCCUGGUGGCAGGAUAAUUGGGAAAUACCUUUUUUUCGCUUAGUCUCUGGAGAAUUAAUGGAUUGUGAAAGGCAAUUAGAUGGUAAAGAAUGGCUUGCUGGGGAAGGAGUCAUUCAUCCUAUCUGACUUGGUUUUUGCUAAAGAAGUCACUGAAACUGAUGUGUCAACUCUUGUUCUGCCUGUGUAGGAUUUUUCAGCCUGCUUAUUAAAGAAAGAAAAUGCCAUUCUGGUGGCUAAAAAUCCAUCACAAUGAAGUGGAUCUGAUCUUCCCAAACUGUUCCUUGUUAUAAACAGGCAUCUACUUGCAUUACAUUUCAGCUCCUACACAUCAGACAGGCUUAAUGUUCUUGCUCUUUUGAUAGUUUUAAAGAAAAACAGUCAGUGACAAUGGCACUAUUGUGAAACUGAGGUCUGAAAAUGGUUGAGGAAAUGCAGAAAGAGACAAGGGAUUAACACAGUCAAGAGGCAAGAGGUUAGGUCCAGUUCUGAAUGUUGGGUUGGGUUAGCACUCAGCCUUUAUACAGAAAAAUAAAGGGGAGUG